AUGGAACCGGAUUCAUAUCUUGAAGAAAAGGUACCAACAACAGAACAAGUGAAUGCUUUGUCCAAAGAAUUACACGGUCGUGCCAUUAUCCCAGAUCAUGUGUAUAAAGCCAUCAAUGUAUUACCUAUAACAGCUCAUCCAAUGACUCAGUUUACAACUGGUGUCAUGGCUCUUCAGGUUAGCUUUUUCAUAUACUGGGAGCCAACAUUUGAGGACUCUCUUUCAUUGAUUGCUCAACCACCAGCUGGAUCUGCAUAUACAUACCGUAGGAUAUACAAAAAUGGAGAAGUUGUAUCAGCGGAUGACUCGUUAGAUUAUGGUGCAAAUUUUGCGUAUAUGCUUGGAAUUGAUAGUCCAGCCAUGCAAGAGCUUGAGGCUUUAUGUCACUAUCCAUAA